AUGAAGGAUGCACUGGAACGCGUCAAGGACAUGCCAGAACUGAUCCUCAUGGUCGCAGCGCGCCUUCUUCCCAAUGACUUGCACACUCUCCGCCUGACAUCCCGCUACUUCCACAACAUCUGCCAAUCCGUCUUUUUCAGAGACAUUCGACUGCACAAUCGUUGGAACCAAGACAGCUUAAAACAACUGGCGAGCUAUGCGUAUGCUCUUUGUUCGCUCAACACAGGCAAAGGCGGAACCCCACUUUCACUCUACUACUCGAGCACGGUCGGCUUUCUCCGCGACAGUUCCACGACUGCCUCGUUCCGACAGUCCAGUCCAACCCAGCAGUCCGUGUCUAUCCUGCCUCAGGAGACACUAGACGGGCUUUGCAACGCCUCCUGUUUCGCCGCCCAGCUCCUAUACGUCGUCCGCCAGAGUCCAUGUCUCACCAUCCUCGAUCUGGGCCAAGUCAUCGUCAACACAAAUGUCAGCCUCGAGUUGCUGUCAAGAGUCCUCUCGACCAUUGGCACCCUGCGGUCGCUGAAACUAUGGGUAUACUCGGACCGUAUCACUCCUAAAGAAGUCCUCAAGGCCCUCGUCUACAGUUUCCCAGACCUCCUCGAGUCUUUCUCCCUUCUUUACGCCCCAAACUGUCGUGCACUCAAGUCUGAAGCCUGGGAUACAGCGAGCUCCGAGCUGAAGGAUAGUGUCUCUCAGCAGCUAGGGCCAACUGUUCAACGCACAGAGCCGCUGAUGCACAUGUCAGACUGGAAGCUCAUCGUCACUGGCGACGAUUACAUCCCCGCAGAGAUCUCCGUCCCAUUCUUCAAGCUCUUUCCAGAACUCACAUCCAUGGACGUGCCUGAAAUCGACAACGGAGACACCAACUACCUCCGCGGCGUCGCGAUCCGUAUUCUCGAGAGCUGCCAAAAGCUGAAGCAUCUGAGUAAGCGCGAUAUUCAGGCGGACGAGGAGGGACGGAUGAUGUUUGCGUUUCUGGAGCAGAUGGAGGUGAACACGCUAGAGUCGUUGCAGUUUCUGCAGUACAAGGAAGAGCUGCAGAGUCUUGUUUGGGGGUUGGAGUUCCACAACAAAUCGGUCAAGAGUAUCAUCCUCGACGAAUGCCAGUCAAUGACCGCUAGCUCCAUUGCGUGGAUAUUUCACCAGUGCUCAGCCUUGGAGGUGUUCAAGAUCAGCAUGAACUAUGACUCGGAUAUUGAGAUUCCACUGGAUAUGCUAGUCAGUCAGGAGUGGGCGUCGACAAAGUUCAGGGAGCUGAAGCUGUAUGUCCAGCUCGAAGAGGAGCAAGAGGAACUGGGGGAGGAAGACUUUGUUUUCUCGGAUCCGAUGCCGCACUGGACGGUUGGACCGGAGAGGUUCUAUCGCCAGAUCGGGGUCUUAACUCAGUUGCGCAUAUUGGAUCUGAGGGUUGCAGUGGAGAGGGGCAGCCGGGACAGCGACGGUGAUUACAUCAACUACAAAGACAAGACAUUUCCUGGGCUGUUGACCCUUGAAAAUCGAGCGAUAGGGCGAGUUGGUUGGUUACAGCUGUUGGGUGGACUCAGGAACCUGGAGGAACUUCAUGGAUCGUUCAACGUGGAUACUAUGAUUCCUGGACGCGAGUUUGGGCAAGACGAGGCGGAUUGGAUGGUGGAGCAUUGGCCCAAGCUGACGUUCAUUGAGCUGUUCACGCUGCCUGAAGGGACAUCCAUCCCGUAUAGCCAGCCUCUCUUGUCGAUGAUCGCAAGACUCCCAGGAUUAAAACUCUGUAGCUUUUACAUUGACAAUUCAGUGUACCUCAGCUUGGGCCAAUGUUCGACGACCCAGUCCGCCCUCUUCCUGUCUACACUCGAACCCUGGCAACAUCGUAUCAAGGCUGAACGAUCCAUGAAGCUCCUCCAGAUUCCCGAGUCCGCCCAGCAACUGUAG